AUGUCGUUGACCAACACAAAGACGGGCUUUUCUGUAAAGGACAUUUUGGACCUUCCUGACACGAACGACGAAGAUGGAUCUAUCACCGGCGCGGAGGAAGACACGGAGGGAUCGGAGACCACGUCCACGACGAAAACCGCUGGAGUUUUGGUGCAAAGUCCGCUAGAAAACGCUCAGAACCUGCCUUUAAAGAACCCCUUUUAUGACAGUAGUGACAAUCCUUACACACGAUGGCUUGCUACUACGGACAGCAUCCAGUAUUCAUUGUUUCUCCCGUUUCUUGCCGCAGUGCACGGUCUCUCCGCCAGCUCGCAGGACUCGGCCAAGUCCCCGGAGCCGUCCGCGGACGACGAAUCGCCGGACAACGACAAGGAGACCUCCAGCAGCGGCGGCAGCGACUCCGGCAAGAAGCGGAAAAGGCGGGUGCUGUUCUCCAAGGCGCAGACCUACGAGCUGGAGCGCCGCUUCAGGCAGCAGCGGUACCUGUCCGCCCCGGAGAGGGAGCACCUGGCCAGCCUGAUCCGCCUCACCCCGACCCAAGUGAAGAUCUGGUUCCAGAACCACCGGUAUAAGAUGAAGAGAGCCCGGGCCGAGAAAGGUAUGGAAGUGACCCAUCUCCCUUCUCCUAGGCGGGUGGCCGUGCCCGUCUUAGUCAGGGAUGGAAAGCCUUGUCACACUCUUAAAGCUCAGGACUUGGCGGCCACUUUUCAGGCCGGGAUCCCCUUCUCGGCUUACAGUGCCCAGUCACUCCAACACAUGCAGUAUAACGCGCAGUACAGCGCCGCGGCCACGCCACAGUUCCCCACAGCACACCAUUUGGUGCAAACGCAACAGUGGACUUGGUGA